UUUCUCAAACUUUGUUUUUCGUAAGCGACACGACCGACGUUCAAGAAAUAUCUAAACAGUAACUAUACAUUUUGUAUCCAAGACCAUGGGAGGACCUAGAAGAUAAUUUAACCUGUGACACAAUACAUAUAAUAUGUGUAAAUAUAUAAAAUAUAGUGACUUAAUUUAUAUAUACAUAUAUUUUUUAACAAAUUCAUUAGUCACUAAAAGUUCACAUCUUCUAAAUUUCAAAAUAUACUGACAAAAAUAAUUAAAUUUCAGAAAAUAAAUCAUAUAAAAAGUGAAAAAUAUUUUUUAUAAUUUUAAAUCUUCUAUUUUGAGUAAUAAUAAUAAAUUAUAUAAAGAACAUAGUAGUUUUAUUAUAACCUGAACUUUUGAACCAUUACAGCUAAAAAAAUAUACUCCCUUUGUUCCACAAAGAUAGAUUUUUUAGUAUUUUCACAUAUUAAAAAAAACACAUUAAACUACCAUGAUAAAUAUAUCGUUUUCUGUAAUUUUUAAUUUUCAAUAACUUUUAACCAAUAGUAAUUCAUAAAGUCACUUAAUUUUCUUGAAAUUUACAAUUUUUUCAUAGAAAACACAAAAAAUACAUCUUUCUCGAAUAAACGUUUUUUCUAAAAGAAUUAUCAUUAAUGAAUGGAGGGAGUAUAUUUUUUUUUCUCACAGCAAAGGAAAUUUAUACUAGUUAGCCACACCCUCCGCCCUUGUCCUGGACUAUGCCUAAUAUCCAUGACUUAAGAAGGGCAUAAGGAUUAUUAACUUUUAUUUUUCUUUUUGAAAAAUAUCGUAGUCUAAGAGUUAAGAUUUAAGGGUUUUAACAUCCAAGUAUGAGGUUUGAAUUUCAAAAAAUGAAAUUAAAUUUCUUACACAUUAUAUGAUGUAAGACUUAUUGGAAGUUAGGUCAAUCUAAAUAAUUUGAGGAGAACUUUAUUAUGGAAUGCAUGUAUUUGAUCAUCAUAUCUAAUAGAAUUACAGAUUAUAUGAUAAAUUAAUUGGUGAUUUAUCCAAUAUUAAAAAAUAUUUUAUUUUUACAUCAUAUAUUUUAUAUUUACAUCAUAUAUUUUAUUUUUAAGUUUAGUUAUAAAAUUAUUUUGAUGAAUUAUAAAAAGGCAAAUUUCUCAAAGAGAACCUAAAAAUGUUUCUAUGACCAAAAAAACACACAAGAAAAAAAAUUCAAAAUAGAUUUCAUUAAAAAAAGUAAAAUACAUUUGUACCUCUAAUAUAUAUACAUAUAAAAAAUAAAAAUCGAUUUUUUAUUUUCAAAAAAAUUUGAAACAUUUUUCGAAAUUUUUUGUUGUCGACUUUUUGAAAAUUCUAAAAGCUUCUUUCUAAAAAUUAUUAAUUCAAAUUUUAUACCCUAAAUCCUAAAUUCUAACCAUGGUCCCUAAACUCUAAUAUUCCCCUCACCCCUUUCCAAUUCUUAAUUAGUUAAUCUAGAGGUACAAAUAUCUUUUACCUAUAUAAUGAAACCACUUUUGGUUAUUUUGACCAUUGAGAAUUAUUUUGUGAUAAAAAACUUUUUAUUGGUAUCGCAUAGUAAAUUUUUAUAAAAAUUAGAUAUUUAAAUAAAGAAUUAGAAAAUUUGGGAAUUUACAUUAUUACUUGAUUUGACAGAUUUAAACCAAUUUAUAGCAAUUUAAACUUAUUUAAAUGGUCUAGAACAGUUGACAAAAAAAAUGGUCUAGAACAAUUCAAAACAAUAUGAAGAUAAAUCAAAUUUUAAGAUAAUUGUUUCUGCAAUCACCAAUUCCCCCCUUAAAUUUUGUGCUUAAAGUCUUUGUUGAGCUUCGAGUUCAUGUAACACAACCUUAAUUUUCAUGACUCAUCUUGUCACUUACUAAAAUUUCCCUUACAUGCUUUCUCUCGAAAACAGCAUGCCCUAAUUUUCUCUCCUCUCACUCCUUCUCCAAACAACUCUUCCUACACCGUUUGCAGUCUCGGCCAGCGUCUGGUGGCUCUCGAGCCCCAGCGUUGCGCUUCUUUAAUUUUAUUUCUUGUCUUUUCGUUUAUAUGUAUUCAAUCUUCCCUUCUCUAGGGUUUCACCCUCUUCUCCUUGGAGCUGAGUCGGUUUUUGCCCUCGUGAAGAGCUUUUAGAGACAUAUUUGUGUAGCCUUGGUCUUUGGUUUGUCUCUAACUCUUUUGUCAAUCCUUGUUCUCUUGCUGUUGCAGGCUCUGGUUUUUGUUGUUCUAAGUUCUGUGCCGCCAUUUGACCUGGAUCUGGUCGGAGUUUUGCGGUCACAUAGGUUUGUUGUGUCUGGACACGCUGAUGUUUGCUGUGUUUGGCUCAAUGGUGGGUGUUCAGUUGUGCUGAUGUCAUCCUCUUCGUUCUGGUUGAUGAACUCUCAAUUCUUCGUUGGCCUCUCUGAAUGAUUGUCUGUUAUAGAUGCAUGAACGUGUAUGAGUCUUCGCUCCUUGCCUCUGUUCUGUAGAAGAGAAUGGUUGGUAUCCUCUAUGGAUUGUAGCGGACUGACUCUCCUAGUUUUGUUUGUUGUUUCUUGUUUCGUCAAUAGAGGUGGACGAGCGUUAUUAGAUUGAGCACGAUCGAGAAUUUUUCUCUUCUCAAGCUUAUUCUCUAGUUUCUUUAAUCCUUGCGGUUCUGGUUAAUCUCUUGAGUUUUCUGUUUUGUGUUUAUGUCUCAGUUUUGUGUUGAUCGGUUUUAUAUUCCAUCACCGAACCCCAUCAUGUAUCCUUCCUAGUUUAGUAUAGUGAAGAAAGUUUAAUAAACCUUCUUUUGGUCAUGUUUUCUCAUUAGGUGCUAUUUUUGUGAUAAAAAUUUAAAAAUGUUAUACCAGAAAAUUUCUCAUUAAUUUUUCCUUUUAAAAUAUAUUUGAGCCCAUAGUCUUGCAUGCAUCAAACGUCAGAGAGGGUUGUAAUCACUAAUUUCCUCAAAAGGGCCGAAAGUCUUAAAUGAAAAAUAUAAAUAAAUUCAAAGAAACCUUGUCUUCUCUGAAGUUUCCUCUUUCUCAUUACGCGUUGGCGUUAUUAGACACCGUAACGGGAUGGAAUGUUAUGGGAAUACUAAUCUAUAAAUAAAUAAUCUUACGAAGUCAGCCAACAUAUUAAAAUGUGGAACUAUCCCCACCUGUAAGAUAACUCAUAUCAUAAAUCUAGCACCAAGAUAAUCUUUUUUUUUUUUUUUAUUAAAGUACGAAGAUAAUCCUUUCAUGAGUUUACACCUAAUCUCCUAUCCCCAUGACAGAUCCUUCUUCAUCUUCCUCAACCUCUUGGAGAUACGAUGUCUUCCCUAGUUUCAGAGGAGAAGACGUCCGUAAAAACUUUCUCAGUCACUUGCUCAAAGAAUUUGAAAACAAGGGAAUAUUGACUUUCAGAGAUGACCAGAUCGAAAGAAGCCAUAGCAUCGGUCCUGAGCUAGUAGAAGCCAUAAGAGAAUCUAAGAUCUCUGUGGUUUUGUUCUCGGAGAACUAUGCUUCUUCAAGCUGGUGCUUGGACGAGCUGGUUGAGAUCUUGAAGUGCAAGGAAGAACAAGGACUCAAAGUGAUGCCGAUCUUUUAUAAAGUGGAUCCAUCUGAAGUAAGAAAACAAACCGGAAAGUUCGGAAUGGGUUUCUUGAAAACAUGUCACGGAAAGACGGAGGAGCAACAACAGAGUUGGAGGCAGGCGUUGACCGAUGCUGCCAGUAUUGUUGGCGACCAUCCGCAAGAUUGGGACAAUGAAGCAGACAUGAUCACAACAAUUGCCAAGGAUGUAUUAAAUAAAUUAAAUGCGACACCAUCAAGAGAUUUCGAGGACUUAGUUGGAAUUGAAUCUCACAUUGCAAGAAUGAAGACUUUGCUAUGCCUUGAGUCUCAAGAAGUGAGGUUAGUAGGGAUAUGGGGUCCUGCAGGCAUUGGUAAAACCACUAUAGCUAGAGCUUUAUAUAACCAAUUUCAUGAGAACUUCAAACUUUCUAUCUUUAUGGAGAACGUGAGUGAAAGUUAUGGUGGAACUAACCUCGAUAGCUAUGGUUUAAAGCUGGGCUUACAACAAAGGUUUCUGUCAAAACUUCUUGAUCAACACGGUUUGAGAAUACACCAUUUAGGCGCAAUAAAAGAAAGGCUUAAGAACCAGAAAGUCCUAGCCGUUCUUGAUGAUGUGGACAACAUUGAGCAACUCCAAGCUUUAGCAAAGGAAACUCAAUGGUUUGGUAACAAGAGCAGAAUCAUAGUGACUACACGAAACAAACAACUUUUGAUUUCACACAAUAUCAGCCAUGUUUACAAGGUGCCUUUUCCAUCAAGAGAAGAAGCUCUUGCUAUAUUCUGCCAACACGCCUUCAGAGAAUGCUAUCCCUCGGAUGAUUUUAAGGAUAUUGCAAUUGAAUUUGCAACUCUUGCUGGUCAUCUUCCGCUAGGUCUACGCGUUCUUGGUUCAUUUAUGAGAGGAAAAAGUAAGGAGGAGUGGGAAGUUUCUCUGCCUACACUAAAAACUAGACUCACUGGAGAGAUCGAGAAACUAUUAAAAGUCGGGUACGAGGGCUUACACAAAGAUGACAAAGCUCUAUUUCUUCACAUUGCAUGUCUUUUUAAUGGUCAUCAUGAAACCUAUGUGAAGCAGAUGGUGGUAGCUAAUAGUGACUUGGAUGUUAGCUUUGGACUUAAAGUCUUGGCUGAUCGGUCUCUCAUACAAAUAUAUGUGGAUGGUAAAGUGGUGAUGCACUCCUUGCUACGACAGUUGGGCAGAGAAGUUGUUCGCGAGCAAUCUGUGGACGAGCCAGGAAAACGUCAAUUCUUGAUGAGUGCUAGAGAAAUUUGUGGCGUUCUUUCGAAUAAUACUGGCACGGAUUCUGUAUUAGGUAUGUCGGUAGAUAUGUGUGACCUCAACGAAGAUUUUUAUAUAAAUGAGAAAGCAUUUGAAAAUAUGAGGAAUCUUUUAUAUAUAAGAAUCUACAGAAGUAAUGAUGCAAAUCCAAAUAAAAUGAAGUUACCAGAUGACGGUCUAAGUUAUCUGCCACAACUAAGGCUAUUGCAAUGGGAUGCGUAUCCACACAUGUUCUUGCCUUCUCGUUUCCGAACGGAAUGUCUCGUGGAACUCAGCAUGUCUCAUAGCAAGCUUAAGACGCUAUGGGGAGACAAUGCUCAGCCGCUCAGAAAUCUCAAGAAUAUGAAUUUAAGCAACUCUCCGAAUCUUGAAAGCUUUCCAAAUCUUUUGGAAGCAACAAAGCUGGAGAGAUUGGAUUUGAGUUGGUGUGAGUCUUUGGUGGAGCUUCCUUCUUCUAUACAGAACCUUCAUAAGCUGAGCUUGCUAGAGAUGUCUUGUUGCACAAGUCUAGAGAUCUUACCAACCAACAUAAACUUAGCUUCUCUAUCUCGCCUCCACUUUAGAAAUUGCCUUCGACUGAAAACGUUUCCAGAGAUUUCAACAAAUUUAAAUUAUCUGAAAAUAAAAGGCACCGCGAUCACUGAGGUUCCUCCAUCAGUCAAGUCCUGGCGUAGAAUUGAAGAAAUUUGCAUGGAAAGUACUGAGGUGAGGAUAUUAAUGAAUCUUCCUUAUAUUUUGGACACUCUAUGUUUGAGGGGUAAUACUAAACUGGUGGCUAUCGCAAACUACCUCAUAAGGCUACGUCGCCUGCGCAUGAUCGACAUCUCUUUUUGCGUCAGUCUCGUGUAUCUACCGAAGCUUCCGUACUCAGUACGCUAUUUAACAGCUUUUAACUGUGAGUCCCUUCAAAGGUUACAUGGCCCUUUUCGUAACCCAAGCAUCCGCCUCAAGUUCACUAAUUGCUUGAAGCUAGAUCAUAACGCACAAGAAAUGAUCCACCAAUCUGUUUUUGAUGUUGUUAUCUUACCUGGCGGACAAGUGCCCGCAUACUUCACUCACCGAUAUAAUGGUAACAGUGGUUUUUAUCAUUUCACGUUCGAUGGAUCUGUCAGCUUCUAUAGCUUUAAGGUAUGUCUAGUGCUAGCAGCGGGUACGAGAUUCGAAAGUUGUCACACAUCUUUCUACACAAGCUUUCGUGGCGAUCCGAUAAAGAAGUAUUACACAUAUAUGUUGAAUCAGCCCCAGCUUAAAGUGGAUCAUAUAUGCAUGUUUGAGUGUGUUUUGUCACCUGACUACGAUGGUCCGCCGUAUUUGGGAACUCGUCCUAGUACGACCAAAUUGUUCAAGUUUGACUUCAAUUGUAAUUAUGGCUGCAAAGUUCUGGAGUGUGGUGUACUAUUCUUGGAGGCUCGUAAAUCUUUGAUCGCUGCGAAAAGAGCCGAGUCUAGUUCCACAUGUCCAAGGCCUGCUAAAAGAUCCAAGGCACAAGUGUGAUUGUGUGAAGCUUAUAGAUUUUGUUCAUUUCAUAUGCUUUUAAGACAGGCACACGUUUACAAUAUUAUAGAGUCUUACAAGUUUUAAUCUGGGUUUUAAUACUCUCUUUGUUGUGCUCUACGUAGUAGGUAGUAGGACCGGAGGAAACCAUAAAUUUUUCUUUUAAGGUAGGUCUGUGCCCUUUAAUCUAAUUAUUAUAAAACCGAAAAUUUAAAAAUUCUUAUAUGUUAUAUGGAUGAUGUUAUAUUGUUAUUCCACUAUACAAAGUUAUGAUUGGUUAGCAUUUUAAAGUAACUAACGUAAGUGGAAAUUUUAUUAUUCUCACGUACACAGGUACACUAAAUAGUUUUUUUUUAGGGAAAUCUGUUUUUUUAGAGCAAAAAAAAAGGUAACUAUGUCCCUUUAGACUAAUCUGUACUACUUUAUGUCCUAUUAGACUAAUUUUUUCGAAAAUGGCAGUAAUGCCCUUAAAAUUGUAAUUUUUUGAAAA